CACUCGCUGCUGAAGUCAGAUCACCGAGGAGGAGCGCCCAUACAGCCAAAAGGGACACGCAGACACCAUGCAGGCCGACAACAAGGAGGUGGACGGCGGCCUGCUGCCCGACGGCAAAGAAGCGAGCCCCGGCGGACACGAGGCGGAGGGCUCCAAGUGGCAGAGGCCCAGGUUCUCGCGAAAGUCUCUGAUGAGGUGUUGUCUGGUCAAGUGGAUCAUCGCCAGUACUACUCAGCAAGGACCAGAUGAAAACAGCGACAGCGACCUGGAGCUCUCCAUGGUGCGCCACCAGCCUGAGGGUCUGGAGCAGCUUCAGGCGCAGACUCAGUUCACCAGGAAGGAGCUUCAGUCCCUUUACAGAGGCUUCAAAAACGAAUGUCCCAGUGGGCUUGUGGACGAGGAAACCUUCAAGACUAUUUACUCACAGUUCUUCCCUCAAGGAGACGCAACCAUGUACGCACAUUUCCUGUUCAACGCCUUCGACAUGGACGGAAGCGGCUCCAUCAGAUUCGAGGACUUUGUGCUGGGCUUGUCCGUGCUGCUUCGAGGCUCCGUCACAGAGAAACUACGCUGGGCGUUCAACCUCUACGACAUCAACAAGGACGGCUACGUCACCAAAGAGGAAAUGAUGGCCAUAAUGACGUCCAUUUACGACAUGAUGGGCAGGUACACCUUACCCAGCGUACGAGAAGACUCACCUUAUGAACACGUGGAGAAAUUCUUCCAGAAAAUGGAUCGUAACCGAGAUGGAGUCGUGACCGUUGAGGAGUUCAUAGAAACCUGCCAAAAGGACGAAAGCAUUAUGUCUUCCAUGCAACUCUUCGAGAACGUCAUCUAGGAUCAACUUGAGGAAUGAUCUCAUGCAACACACCAGGUGUCAUUGACCACAAUGUAACCUCACCUAUGAUCUCAUGCAACACACCAGGUGUCAUUGACCACAAUGUAACCUCACCUUUGAUCUCAUGCAACACACCAGGUGUCAUUGACCACAAUGUAACCUCACCUUUGAUCUCAUGCAACACACCAGGUGUCGUUGACCACAAUGUAACCUCACCCAUGAUCUCAUGCAACACACCAGGUGUCGUUGACCACAAUGUAACCUCACCUAUGCAGAGGAAUCGUCGCCAGGCCACGGUUUCUUCGCGUUUGUUCUUUUCAAAGCACAAAAACUUCAAAGGCGGCAGUCCACAGAGUAUUAAAAGCAUGUGAUACUUGACAAAA